ACAAAAUGAGACGCGUACCUGUCCGGCUGACGACCGACCAGGCGGCUAUUGCCAACUGAAUCUGCAGAACAGCGGACGCGGCUAAAAAAAAAAAAAACAUAAAUCGAAAAUAAAAUAUAUAUAAAUACAUACGAAUUCGAAUGUAAAUUAGUGUUGGACGUUCUGUGCUCACGAACUGUUUCGAACGAGAUAGUAGUUAUUUAAAAAAAACAAUGGCUCGACGUAUUUUCAAAAUUCUCCUAGUCUUUUGUUUUACUAUAAUCUGUCACAACGGAGAAGCUGCUGAGAAUGAUAAUACACCAACAAUACCGGAAUACUUGCUGCCAUGCAAGCGGAGCGACGCCGAAAUCGACUCUUGUAUCAAGAGGUCUUUCAACCAUCUCAGGCCAUACCUUGCGAGAGGUCUACCGGACCUGGAAGUGCCCCCAGUAGAGCCACUCUUCAUUGACCGCCUGAUGAUGGAAAACAACGCCGGCCCAGUGCGAGUGAGGGCGACCUUCAGCAAUAUCACCGUGGUAGGACCCAGUAACUACACCGUCACGAAAAUCAGGUCGGAUUUGACGAAGCUUCGAAUUGACAUGGGUCUGGUGUUACCACGUAUAGAAGUCACUGGUCAUUACGAGGUAUCGGGGCAGGUGCUUCUGUUUCCUGUGCGAUCUCAGGGCGACUUCUGGGCUUCAUUCAACGACGUGGUUGCUAUCGUCAAGAUUUUUGGCAAGGAAAUCGAGCGGGAGGCGGUUAAGUAUAUGACAGCUGAUCGCAUGCAAGUCGACUUUAAGCUUAAAAGUUCUCGUUUCAAGGUCAGAGAUACAGUCAAUCACGGAAGUGUUAUUGGAGAGGCGAUGAAUCAAUUCCUCAAUAACAACGCAGCUGAGAUAAUCGAUGAAAUGAGACCGGCGGCGUCUGCAGCCAUUGCCAAGCACUUCCGCGUAUUUCUCAACGCCGCCUUCGAAAGAAUACCCAUCGAUGCGUGGCUCAAGCCUUAAAACUAUGACGUGAAUUUUGACUGGUGUUGAGGUACGAACAUUACUGAUGUUUGUUUAUACAAUUAGUGAUGUACGUUUUAACCAGUGAAGUAAAAUGACUGUGAAAAAUUAAAAUAUAAUAAUUGUUUUAACUAUAUAUUGAUUACAAUAUGCCAUUUUUUAAAUAUCAUUAAAUGACUUAAUUAGUGUUUACCAGAUUUAUACGCUGUUAAAACACUGACUUAUACGAAGUAAAUUAGUAUCAAAACUGUUUGUUCAUUUGUAUUGGGUAAUACAAAUAUCAAAAAUUUAAAAAUGUCUUAGUUGAACUAUAAAAUUUCUUACGUCAUAAAAAAAAUUUGAAAGAUCUUUAAUUGGAAAUAUAACAGUUGAGAUGCACAUGGCUUAUUUGUACUGGAUAACAGUACUGGAUAACAGUAAGCUUUAUUAUUUAUUUAGUGAAGUAAGAUACUUAAUAAAACACUUAUUAUUAAUGUUUUAUUAUAAUAUCUGUAUUAUGAUGGAAUAUAUGAUGAAUGUUAUGUGAUCAUAGCUAUAAGUGUCAAUGAUAUUACAAA